AUGAGCGCUUCAAAGCUUUCAAGGAUGGAUCAGCUAUUAAGCAGGAAUGCAUCUAUGUUUAAUGAGAAACCUAAUCAUUAUAGGAGCAACUCUUCAUUUGAAAGCUAGCUAAAUUUUGUCAAAGGACAAUUAGAUAGAAAUUAAUAGAGUACUUAUAUGCAUUCAAAUACUAAAACAGAAUCCUUUAAUAUAUUCAACAAUAAUUUAAAUGUUCCUCUUACAAACAGAUUACCUCCUUCAAAUAAAAAAUAAUCUUACUACACACCUUAGAAAAUUAAUAGAUAAAUUCUUUCUUCCAGUAUAUAUGAGAAAGAAAGCAGCUAACAGCGAAAUGAUAAUAGCUGUAAAAAUUUAAGAAACAAUGAUGCAGCUGAAUUCUUUUAAAAAAGUGAAUUCAAAGAUAUAAGUUCUAUCAAAAAAAAGACUCCUACAAUAGAAAAACACAUAGAUUAUGAUUAUUAUGAAUCAGAAUAAUAGAAAAUAAAUGAAACUCCAUGUUAAAAAAUAUUGAAAUCAUAUGAAAAAGAAAAUUGUUUACUCAAAUCAGAGCUAUAAGAUCACAAUUAAGAAAUGAAGGAAAUUAACAGAAAGAUAAGAGAAAUGGAAAAAGAAAAUAAGAAAUUAAGGAAUGCAUUAUAAUAAUAUAUUGAUUAAGAUGAAAAAGAAGAGAAGGUGAGAAUUUAAAAGGAAUCAGAAAUCAUUUAUGUAUUGAAAGAAGAAAUUGCUAAGCAGCAUGUUUUGAAUACGAAAUUAGGAGAAAAAAUUAAUUUUUUAUAGCAGUAAAAUGUAGAAUUAGAUUAAGAAAAAGAAAAAUAUUAUAAAAAAUGUGUCCUUCUAGCUAAAAAGCUAAAAAGUUUUUAGGGCGUUAAACUAGAUUUGUAAGAAAAAAUAUGUAAUAUUGAGCCAGAACUUGACAAAUAAUAAAUAAAAAAUGAGCUACUUGAAUAAGAUGCAAGACAUUUGUAAAUGGAAUUAGAUUUUUGGAGAUAAAAAGCUGAAGAUUAAGAAUAUGAAAUGCUAAAGUUUAAAAGAAAUGAUGAAAAGUUAAGAAUUAGGCUGUAAGAAUACGAAGACAUAGAAGCACAAGAUAAGGAAAAAUAAUUCUCAGAAUUAAAUUAAUUUAAAGCUAAGUUAAAGUAAACAGAAAUCGAAAAUUAAGAUCUAAAAGAAUAAUUAAAGAAAUUGAAGGCUGAAUUAGGAAAUUCAAACUACUCAGAAGAGAGCUCUCAAGACAUAAUAGCAAAUUUAAAAGCCAAACUUCAUGUUGAAACUACAAAACUUGAGAAUAUCACCCAAAAGGAGAAAGAACAAAGAAAGAAGAUUGAGGAGUUAGAGAAAUAAUUAAAAUAAAUAAAGGAGAAAAAUGAUAAUUUGGAAAUAGAAAAAGUUAAACUUGAAGUUUAAUAGUAAAUAGAUGAAGACAUUGAAGGAGCUAAUUAUGAGAAAGUUAUAGAAAGGUCAAAAAAUAAAGCAGAAGACAUUAAUAGAGAUCAAAAUUAUAUAAUAGAAAAGUUAUAGAGAGAUUUAUAAACAAGAGAUAUGGAGAUCAUGCAGUUAAAAGAAAACUUUGAUAGUCUCUAUUUGUAAUUAAUUGAGAAUUAAAAUAUGCUCAAGGAAGAAAUUAAUCUCAAAAAUAAGGUCGAACAAGAAAAGCAAGCUUAAAUUAUUGAGCUAAACUAAAUAAAAAAAGAAAUUUCAAAAUACAAAGAAAAUCUAGAAAACUUUAAACAAAAUCUUACUGAAUCUUAAAUAAAAUAACCUCGCAGUAGCAGGAUAUUUGAUAAUACUGAUCAAAGCAAUAACUUUAAUGAGAAGAUAAAACUUUUAGAAAGCACGAUUGCAGAUGUUUAAAAUAAAAAGAAAUAAGUAAAUUAAGAUAAUUAAAUGCUGAAAUAAAGACUUUAAAGCUUAGAUUGUUAGCUAAGUCAUAGAUCAUAAGCCAGUUCAUCUAAUUUGUCUUAAUAAUGA